ACGCGGGCUCUACCGGAGCAGCCGAGAGCCAGUGUUUUCAUCAAAUCAAACCAACAACAUAACCUUUAUUCCGAGAACUUAUUACUCGUUCAACGUUUAAACGGCAGUUCAACCUACAGCGAGUUUCUGUUUUUCUCGUGCUGGAGACGGUUUGAACGGCCCAUCGGUGCAUCUUACUUGCGGUGCGCAGAACACAUACUCGUGGAAAAAUGAAUCUGAAGUGUGAUAUCUGUUUCGUCAACUUUGACCUGGACUCCCACCGUCCUAAGUGCUUACCCUGUGGACAUACCAUUUGUAAGGAAUGUGUUGAAAAACCUGACAUGGGGAGGAAGUGCCCAACCUGCAGGAAGGCAUUUAGGCAACGCCGACCUGAGGACCUACCCGACAACGUUCUAGUUGCCCAGUUGUUAGAGAACGAGGACGCACCCCCCUGCAAGAAGCUCAAGAUUGAGGACCCAGAGCUAGAGCAGCUUCAGCGGGGAGCGGAUGCGGGACGGAAGAUGGUGGAGAUGCUGCGGCUGGUGGUUCCUCAGGCGGUCGAGUCCCUCAACCGCCAGCUGGAGUCGUCGGUCGCCCAGCUUAGCCAAGUGGAGGAGGCCCUGGAGAGGCGGGUGCAGCGGGAGGCGGCCGGCGAUGUGGGCACCACGUCAGACGCCGUUGAGCCGCUGCAGCUGGCGCGGCAGCUGGAGGCCAACCACCGCCUGAUAACCUCCGCCAAGUGCACUGUCGCUGCCGAAGAGGAGGGUGGCUCUGCCUGGACGGCCUCUGUGGAGCCCGGCGGGAGCGGCGACAUCCUGCGCCUGCUGAUGCUGCAGCUUCGGGCGGACGGCCAGCUGCACUUGGAAAAUGUUGACGACGCCGUCACCGUCCCCGUCAUCCGUGCUCCGACCCACGUGGGGCCGCCUCUGAUCGAAGUCCUCUCGAUAACUGAUAAACACCUCGACAGCAGACGUUUAAAGGUGGAUGAUAUUCUGGGAGCAGUCCAGAGGCUAUGGACCGUUCCUCGCAGCCUCAGGAACUUACAUGGCGAUGGCUGUGAGGACCUGCUGCGCGUCAUGGGGCCACACCUCGAGGAGCUGGAGACGUCGGGUGAAGUUCAGCCCAGCGUCAUGGAGGAGGUGCUGAAGAUGUCGGGACUCAGAAGACUUAAAGUGAGCUAUGCUAAGAAUGUGGACUUCCCGGACCUACCGUUACAUUUGGAAGAGCUCAGUGUAUUUUAUAUAACCGAGAAUCAGUUGCGGUGUGUGGAGCAUAUGCCCAGACUGCGCAGCCUGGUGGUAAACAAUUACCUUGGUCCAAAUCUGACCUUCCCUCCCUCAAAGCAUAACAGUCUACGGUGGCUGGGCGUGUGCUUCAAUGCUGAGCACAAGUCUUCCAUGCUGUCCCUGAUUCGCGCCCAUGCGUCAUCAGUACAGGAGCUCCGAGUGUACUGCACUUUACCUACUGAAGACAAGGGCUUCUACUUCCCCGACUUGGGCCAGGAGCUGGCGGACUGCGACUUACGCGCCUUGCGGCGGCUCGUCCUUGUCCGCAACAAAAAGACCUGCCAGGCGGCGGCCUGCGUGGUGCAGCGACGGGACGUUCGAAGCUGCUUGCUCCCUUCUGUUGACGUGGUCUGUGGGAAGUGUCAGACACUGCAAUUCUAGGAGAAUGGGCCCAUUGUGUCCUCAGCAUGCUUUUCGUGCAGUAAUGAUGGUGCUUAACGAAAACUCUCUUAAAUCCUAAACGAAUGUCUGACAUAAGCAAUUCAUAGUUUAAUUUUGUUGUUUUAAGUCGUUUGAAUUGUCCAACUUGUAAAUAUACCUUAUUCAUUCAGCUGCA